AUGGCACAUGCUCGAGGAGGUGAUUUCAUGUUCCGUGACAUAUAUGGAACGAUGAUGCUCUUAUAUUCAAUCGAGUAUAUUGAAUGUCCUUUGUGUAAAUUUAAGAAAAGUGCAAAAGAUGUAAGAGAAAGAGAAAUAAGUUAUCAAGUUAGUUAUGAGGAUAUGAGGAGGGAUCUAGGCAUCUCACAUUUUGAAGGAAAGAUGGAGGUGAAAGACAUGGAGAUAAAUAAGAAAUGUGAAAGAUGCGGCCACACAAAGCUUAAAUUUUCAACCGGACAAAUGAGAUCAACGGACGAGGGCCAAACUACUUUCUUUCAUUGUGCUAACUCGUUCAUACACAUUUAUUGA